UCUUCUUAAAUUCUGUGCCGCUAGUGUCAUAUAGAAUCUGUACCGUAGGUAAAUGUAAAUUUCAUAGAAGAGAAGUUACUCGCUCCGUGAGAUCAACCCAGCUAUCUUCUAAGUUCUACCCCUCUGCAAUUUCAGCUCUUUUUCUUUCCAUUACUUCGCAAUUGAAGUCUCUGAUAAGUGAGAGUUAACUGAGAACUUGGUCUACAAUCAAUUUACGGACUUGAAAGAAAGAAUUUCAAAGAGACAUUCACGAAAAUGCUAGGAAAGGGAAGUCAAACACCUAGCCGGUCUGAAUUACUGUCUAUGGUAAAGAAGCAUUCGGAAAUGUUAGGGAAAACCACUGUGGACGAGGAAGAUGCUACGGAUGUUGAAGUGGAUCCACGCUUCUGGCAUGAUGUUAUGGAUUUGUAUUUUAUUUGUGGCAAGGAGUCUCGGGGACGUCAGGAAGAUGAUCUUGUUUUCUUUGUUAAAAGAACCGGAAAUGAGUCAAAUGAAUAUGUCGAUGACAACUCUCCAUACUUUGUUCGCAGGUGGGCACCUAAGUUGGAUGACUUAAUUGGUGGGAAUUCAUCGGACGUGGACUGGAGGCGCUCAUUUUACUUGAAUUUAAUUUCUCAAACUUCUUUUAGUGUGACAGUCACAAUUUACAGUCACCAGGUCCUUAUGAAUUACCAGAAUGGCAAAGACGGACCGUUAUCUCCUAUAUACAAGGUUGUCAAAACAGUCUACGCAUCUCCAAGUCGUAUCAAAAUUCACUUAGACUCAAGGAAGGAAGUAGAAACCACGCCAGCCUAUCCAGAGAUAUGCUUUGCCAUUGACGACUUUGAUUCAACCUUUGGUGCAGUGGUCUUGACAGAUGUGGACCACUGUUAUUGUGUACUUCUAAAUGCACAUGAUGGGGCUGCAUUUCCAAGUGAGAGAGCGCUGCGGGAGAGCAGUUCUUGUGAUACUUCUUCCUCAAAGAGUGACACUAGUUCUGGAAAAGUACGGAGGUCAAAGAUCACUCUGUUCUCAGGCUUCAUUAGCUAUGAAAUGGUCCGAGAUGCAUACGAUGAUGGAAGAUCUGGAUUGGGGAGCCUUCUCUCGCUUAAUUCUUCUGGGAAAACAGACCGGAUCUAUAUGAAGGGUCCUGGAGGACGCGGAGAAGUUGAAGUAGCUGUUUCUGGUGUUGUAGAUCAAAGUAAGCAGGACUCUGGCCAUCAUUCUACAAAGGGGUUGAGCUUUGGUGUAGUUGUUCGAAGAGCAGCAUCAGUUGCAUCGAUGGCAGCAAAGCAUGCUUAUGCUGCUGCUUCUGCUACCCCGUGUCCUGAUGGAGGAUUGAUCCCCCUCAAGUGCUGCUUGAUGUCCAUAUCAUUACCAUGGGAACAUAUUGCUCAUGAUCUGUUGUUUAAGGGAAAGACUCCAGUGAAACUGUAAGAAUGCCCAUGGAUGACUGUUUACAAAACACUAUGCUAUCUCAAUUGAUUAAUCCAAGUCAGAAGUUUAGACUCCAAGAUAGAAAAAUUAAAGUAGGUUAGCUCAAGAAUGAAACAUAAAGGUGUGAUGAUAUAUGCAUAUAAAUUCCCAUCAUCCUUCCCCAGUAUUCUGCUCCCCAUGCAGGGGAAGUAGAUUAUGUUCCUGUUAUUCAAUUUUGUGCUGAAUUGAUAUGGUGCUACUUGGUCAUUGGUUCAUUGUUUGACAAAUGUACAUCAUUAUCUCAGCCCUUUUGGUGGCUAUCUGAGAUUGUUCCUGUUCUUUUU